AUGGGUUCUUCAGGUGGAGAGAGUCAUGAUCACAAUCAGCUCUCGGUUGUACCACCUUCACCCAAUCACCGCCGUUAUAACCAUUCACUUCCAACUCUUCCUUACGACGUCAUUCCAGAAAUCCUAUGUAGGUUACCGGUAAAGUUCAUCCUUCGAUUCCGAUGUGUUUGCAAGUCAUGGAAUUUUCUAAUAUCCGAUCCAAAAUUCGUCAAGAAACAACUCAGUGUGUCCAUCGCUUGGAACCUCCACUUCCUAAACUACAGCCGUUGGUCACACAAGUAUAUUCUCACAUCUUAUCCAAUCGACUCUAUUUUCACAGACAUAACCUCUAACUUCAUACAAUCUGAGUAUAACCUUUCUAAUGAAGAUCGGACUUAUGGCAAACUUUAUUUUAUCAUUGGCUCUUGCAACGGCAUUGUGUGUAUUGCAGACAAUCAUAACGGCUUAGUUAUAUUGUGGAACCCUUCCACAAAAAAAAUCAAGCAGUUGCCCCUUUAUGAAAAGUCGAAUGGUCCUACUCUCAUGACGUUUGGCUUUGGCUAUGAUUCUUUAAACGAUAAUUACAAGGUGGUUGUUGUUCUUGCCUACCUAGUUCUUGAUGAGGAUUAUAGGUUUUUUAACAAAAAUAAAGUAAAGGUUCAUACUUUGGGUACUAAUAUAUGGAGAACCAUCCAGGACUAUCCUUUUGGAGGUCUUCCUGUUCCAGUUAUGAAGGGGGAAUUUGUGAGUGGCACAAUUAAUUGGUUGUUGUCCGAAGAAUCAUCGGAAUGUCCACGCUUUAUUGUUUCUUUUGAUUUGGCAAAGGAGUCAUAUCAAAAGAUUUCACCUCCUAAUUUGGGAGGGGUGGAUGUGUGUGACAUGUCGGCUUUGAGUGUUUUGAGGGAUUGCUUGUGCGUGACUUCUGGUGUUGAUGUUUGGGUUAUGAAGGAAUAUGGAAAUAAAGAGUCUUGGACUAAAUUGUUUACUAUUCCUUGCAUGAGAGAUCCUUCUAAACCCGAGGUCUUUGCGAAGGCAUUGUAUACUUUUGAGGAUGAUCAAGUGUUGCUGAAGUUUAUGAAUGAUAUUGACUUGAAUUUGGUUCUUUACAACCCCAGGAGCGGUACCUUGAAGGCUAUUAACUUUAAAUAUACUCCAGAAGUCUGUGGUGAAAGUUUAAUAUCACCAUCUUCUCUAUGCUAG